AAUCGACAAAUAAUAACAAGAAAUUUCGAAAAAUACAUAAAGUGUUCGCGAGGAUCUUCAAACAUAAUCAGUACAAAUUUAUUCUUCUAUCGAAUGUAACAAAUUCUAUCCUAUGGUAAAAAAAUAUGCGGAGUAAAGGAUGUACGAUACUUCCUUCUCUUAGCCUCUUCUCCUUUUUUAGUUUCGAAUAUCAUCAUCCCAAUAUAUCGAGCUCGUAAAAUUCUCGUGGAUGAAUAUAAGAGAUAAGACAGGGAUGGGAUAUCGCGAUCACAAGUUUGGGGGAGCUGAGAAGGCUUAUGGCUUAUUGGUUCAAUCUAACCGUUACAUUACCGAAUAAUUUAAAAUUGAUUGCGUUUUAUAAAACAGGUAAUCCCUUUUAUCAAUGUUACUCUGCAAAUUGUAUGUUCGUUUGAAAAUUUGCUGAUGAAACUUUUAUUGAUAGAGGGAAAUUGGUCGUGUGGAAUGUAGAGGUUCAGAUGCAGAUGAGAUGAAUCAGGUUCGGUGGAGCAUAAAAUCAGCAGCAUCAGGCGCAUCAGGGAUCGUGGCAGGCAAGAGGCAAAAGACCGAUGGAUGGACGGGCCAGCCGUCACGAAGCGGGCCGACGUUCCCGUACCAAACGAGAUUAAUAGAGAUCCGCCUGUCAGCCGGACGCCUCUCCGUCUGAGCGAGAUCCAGUGGCUUCCAGACGGCCAGUCUUCUCGCAGAUCGCAACCUGCGUGGGCAACAACCGAUCGUGAUCGAUCGCACGCCAUCGGUGACCAGAAUGAAGGCAACGAAGGUAGGACACACAGGGAAGAGGUUCGACAACAUGUAUGCUGUGCCAGACAUGAGAAAAUGAUCGAUGUUGGAUACGGAAUAUCGGGCGAAAUUAUCCAAAUUGAUGCAGGCCACUGUCGUAAACUGUGUCCACGACACGUGUUGGAUGAUCCAGGAGAUGCGAGUCGACCCACUGUACAGAGAUGUUUCCCGGAAUCGCAUUGUCGUCCAAGGGCGGCAAAAUUGGAGAGGGUGUCAACGAUUCAAGGUGUUCGUGUGAUCGAAGUCACAGAAGCUUGCGAAUGCACGCCUGAUUCGUCCUGUAGGCGAGAAUCCUUCACGCAUCUCGUACAUUCUGGCACUCCUCACCAAGCCGUGAUUGAUGUCGGAGUAUGUAUGGGUCACUGUGCUAAAGAACUUGGAUGCAAACCGGUGAGGAACAGUACGGUUAGCAUCAAAGGACCGAAUGGGGACGAAGUGUACCAAGUGAUUGAGAAAUGUGGCUGUGCUGGAACAUGUCACAAAAUGGACCACAUGGAGACCGUUUUAGACUUCAGCGAAGUGGAGAUUAAGGAUGGUACAAACACGACGGAUGUUAGACCAGUCGUUCGGCAAAUUAACGUCGGACAAUGCGUUGGGACGUGUCCAGGGAACGAGACGGAAAUGUGUCUUUUGAGAGACAAAAAAGAGCCAUCGAGAUGCUUGGCGGGUCUGUACUCGAAGCAACAUACUUGUACACCCGCCAGAUUCAAAGUUCACGAAUACAGGACACGUCGUGGAUCGAAGAGAGAAAUUAUUCAAAUUACCCAAUGUGCCUGUGUCUGAAUAAAAUAGAGAGGACCGAGAGAAGUCUGUUCGAUCCAACGGGCCAAUGGAACAGACUUGUAGAAACAUUCAAGCUACUUUAUGCGUCGCGUAAAUACAAAGUACCAUUUCGAUGUUCCUACAUGCACCGUGUAUUGGUAUCAUAAAUAAACGUACAAUGACUUUCUAGAAAACGUCAA